GUUGUAAUUAAAUGUGUACGCUGGGUGUUGGUUGAGGUCCGUGACUUUCAAGCAAACACCAUCAUCGAUAUUUAGUGAUAUCUUGGAAUUCACCUCGGUCCGGCCUUCCCUACUUACCACUAUGGCCAAAAAGUCAAAAGACGAGGCGCCGAAUCCCAACAACGUGCCCAACAGAGACAUCAUCCAACGUCUCCAUUUCCUGUAUCAAGCUAGCGUAUAUCUUGAUGGCGUCUCACCUCCACAAAAGAAAAAGCAGAAGAGAGUCACCAUCAGCGAUCUCUCCCGCAGCUAUGUGUCUUCCAUGAAGAUUGUAGGCCAAAAGACGACUGUUAAUAUGGAUCCAUCUGUCAAGCGAACGAUCUGUAAGGGAUGCGAUACUGUUCUCGUGCCAGGAUCUACAGUCUCGAUACGAGUGAAGAAAUCACGGUCUCGUGGACAUCUCAUGGUGUACACUUGCACUCGUUGUAAAACGUCGCGUCGAAUACCUGCACCACCUGUGGAUGCCUCUACCACAGCGGAUUCGCGACCCGCAGGGAAAGGUCCAAAGCCUCGUAUCCCUCCACUAUUUGCUAGAAAGGCAGGACAUGUCACAUUUUGUGGGCAAGAACAGGUUCCGACUGACGAGACGUCGCUGGGGGACGGAGUAUUCAUUGUCUAGUAUAUCAAAUAGAUUGUAUCACAGCUUUGUACAUAUUACGUACCAG